GAAAACUCCUAGCAACCGAAGAGCUAACGUCCCCAUGGCAACCAGCUCUAGCUAUGCAACAGAAAGAGCGGUGGACUAGGCCGUAUCUUCUUAGAUUCUAACCAUUACGGAGCGAACCGGCAUCGGCUCAGUCUGCAUCUUUCUGCAAGAUUCUGGGAUGGUCAUAAGCCAUGGGAGUAGCCUUGACUAGAGCAGCUCAGUGGACCACGGCUGGAUCUGGAACCGGCACAUUAGAAAUUACUCCCCUGAACGAAUCUCUUUUAAAUGAAAUUAUCAAGUUUACAGAAACAUUUAGUAGCAAGCAUCCCCAGGAAGCAGCCUUUGUCUUUAAAGAACCACUUGAAUGGCAUACACAACUAGAACCAUCUGCAUUUGAGGCAGGCUAUGAAGUCAGUGAAAAAACUGUCCAGUCUCAAGAAAGAGACAAAAAUGGACAGCCACUGCUCCUCCUCAAAGGAUCAACUAUUAGCGUUCGCAGUUUUGGGCAGCUGUCUCAUUUACUCUCUGUUGCUGGGAAAAAAAGACUAAAAGAAGCACAGGCAUGUCUUGAAGCCAACAGAGAUCCCAUUGUGAAAAUCCUUGGCCCUGGAUAUGGAACAAUUGAAGGAGAGGAUUUGUCCAUGCUUCGUUUACUAGACAAAAUUAAAAAGGAUGAUGCAUCGGACAAUGAAAUUAAAAUGAAAAUUUCCCUACUACUUCAGCAAUUGGAUAUGCAGUUGCUGAACAGCUCGCUGAAACAGAUAUCACAAGAAGUGAGAUUAACUCCAACUGCUGUGAAAAAUGAAGUAGAAUUGCUUAAGCAUUUCUCUGGGACGAUGGAAGAUGCAGUCCUUGAAUCACUAGAAUAUUUAUCAGACUAUGAAUUCUUCAAUGGAUGCCGUGCCCCACCUUGGAGACAAGUACAUGGGGAAAUUUGUUAUUUAUCAAUUAAACCACGUGACACAGAUAUUAUGUUUGUUACUUGUAGCACAGCAGGAGUAUUCUUAAAUGGAGGAAGAAGCAAUGAGAGAGAUGAAAUUGAUUAUGAGAGGAAGAGUGACAUACAUAAAGAUCUAGUCACAUUUUUAAGAGAACGAUCAGCAGCAUUUACAGAAAAUAUGGCUAAACAGAAAUACACAUUUUUUGAUGAACCAAAGUAUGAAAAGCAUUAUCAGCAUAUGGAAGCAGUUGAGGCAGAUGAAUAUGGCCAAGCCCCAAAAUUUUACGACUAUGCAGAAAAGAAUGUUUUUGAAAAGCCUAAGAGUCCUCUUGUAAAAAGUAAAACUCCUGACAGCAAGAAAUUAGAACCAUCUCUUAAGUGGAAGACUACAACAGGCACUCGAGAAAGCAAAUCAGCAAGAAAAUCCGAUGAAAAAGAAAUCAAGCAUGCCACGCCAGAAAGCAAAAAAAGAUCCAGUGGAACACCAACUGCCUCUCUUAAAAGUAAACCUCCACCAAAAAUUGAAGAUGCAAGUGAAAGUUCUUCUGAGAGUGAAGAAGAGGAUGAACAGCCUGAACGCCAUCAGGAAAUUAAUACUGAUUUGCCAUCAGAAUAUUGGCAAAUUCAAAAAUUAGUGAAAUAUAUAAAGGCAGGUAACCAGACGGCUACUGUAAUUGCAUUGUGUUCAAUGAGAGAUUUCAACUUGUCUCAAGAAACGUGCCAGUUGGCAAUUAGAGAUGUUGGGGGUCUCGAAGUGCUGAUUAAUUUGCUUGAUACUGAAGAAAUCAAAUGUAAGAUUGGUUCAUUAAAAAUCCUGAAGGAAAUUAGUCAAAAUGCUCAGAUAAGACGUACGAUUGCCGAUCUUGGAGGAUUGCAGAUCAUGGUUAAUAUACUUGAUUCUCUAGAUCAAGAUUUGAAGUGUUUGGCUGCUGAAACAAUAGCUAAUGUAGCUAGGUUCAAACGAGCCCGAAGAACAGUCCGUCAGCAUGGUGGAAUCAAGAGACUGGUUGGGUUGUUAGACUGUUCUGCAAGCCUCAAUCAGCUUCAGGGAAAAGAAAUUGAAGUAGCACGUUGUGGUGCUUUGGCACUGUGGAGCUGCAGCAAAAGCGCUAGGAAUAAAGAAGCAAUCCGCAAAGCUGGAGGCAUCCCUCUGCUGGCUCAGUUACUGAAGUCUCCUCAUUCAAAUAUGUUAAUACCUGUGGUAGGAACUUUGCAAGAGUGUGCCUCUGAGCCCAGCUACAGACUAGCAAUCAAACAAGAGAAAAUGAUUGAAAAUCUUGUGAAAAAUCUGAACAGUGAAAAGGAAGAAUUGCAAAUGCAUUGUGCCAGUGCAAUCUUUAAGUGUGCUGAAGAUCAAGAAACUCGUGACCUUGUUAGGCAACAUGGAGGCCUGAAACCUCUUGCUACUUUAGUUGCUAAUUCUGGAAAUAAAGAACUUCUGGCAGCAGUGACUGGAGCAAUCUGGAAAUGUGCAAUCAGCAAAGAAAAUGUUACAAAAUUCCGAGAAUACAAAGCCAUAGAAGCUUUGGUUGGCUUGCUAACAGAUCAACCAGAAGAGGUUCUUAUAAAUGUGGUAGGUGCCCUUGGUGAAUGUUGUCAGGAACAAGCCAAUCGGACCAUUAUCCGUAGAUGUGGUGGAAUCCCAUCUCUUGUUGCCUUACUCACUGGAACCAAUCAAGCUCUUCUUGUGAAUGUGACUAAAGCUGUGGGGUCUUGUGCAACUGAACCAGAAAAUAUGGCGAUAAUUGAUCGCUUGGAUGGUGUUCGCUUAUUAUGGUCAUUGUUGAAAAAUCCUCAUCCAGGUGUUCAGGCCAGUGCAGCCUGGGCUAUUUGUCCUUGUAUUGAAAAUGCAAAGGAUGCUGGGGAAAUGGUUCGUUCGUUUGUUGGUGGUUUGGAAUUAAUUGUUAAUCUUUUAAAAUCUGAAAAUAAAGAAGUUUUGGCAAGUGUGUGUGCUGCUAUCACCAACAUAGCAAAAGAUGAAGAGAAUUUAGCUGUUAUAACUGAUCAUGGUGUUGUUCCUUUAUUAUCCAAAUUAGCAAAUACAAACAAUGACAAAUUAAGACGGCAUUUAGCUGAUGCCAUUUCUCGCUGCUGCAUGUGGGGAAGUAACAGGAUUGGUUUUGGAGAUACCAAAGCCGUUGCCCCUUUGGUACGUUACCUGAAAUCAAGUGAUCCGGAGGUUCACCGAGCUACUGCACAAGCACUGUAUCAACUGUCAGAGGAUCCCAACAAUUGCAUUACUAUGCAUGAAAAUGGAGUGGUGAAGCUUCUGCUGGGUAUGGCAGGCUCCACGGAUGAAACUCUUCAGGAAGCAGCAGCUGGUUGCAUAGCAAACAUCCGCAGGCUGGCUCUGGCUGCAGAGAAAGCAAAGUAUGGCUGAAACUCGAAGCAGCUUUUAUCAGGCCCUGUAAGCUUUUUCUGUCUAAUGUACUAUGCUAGCUCAGAUUGAUGGGCAAAGGAUAAUCGAGAACGUCUCAGAAAUAUAUAUUUUCAGUUAUUUGUUUUAGUGUGGCAUACCUAAUCAAAAAUAAAUCGAUGCAAAAGUGAAAUAUAAAGUAAAAAAAGUGCAUGAUAUUUUAGCAUUUUCCCGUAUUACUGUAUUUUAAAAAUUAUUCAUAUUUUAUUGCUUCCACUGGAUAUAUUUGACAUAGCCCAAAUACAUCACUAUAUGUCCAAAAGCAUUGUAAAUCUAAUAAUGCUGCCUUUCUUCUUGUUUGGAACGUAUUUCCUUUCAUUGUAUGUGGCUGUACAAUUUUUUGUUAAUGUAUUGAGCUAAGUCUGUCUAAUCGUUCCAUUAUUAUGAUUUUCCUUAGUUAAGUACUAACAAAUCUCAAGAGCACUACAUUCAUAUAUGCCAGUUUCACAUCUGAAACUAUACAAGGACUUUAACACAUGGACAUGCUCCCAACGUUCCCUCAAAUACCCGUAUUUUAGUAUUUUAAUACUAUCUGUACCGACAAGGUCAAUUAAUUUGAUUAGAAAUACAUAGUGAUCCAAAUACAAGUUUAACUCUUAAAACUCACAAUUAGAUAUAUUAAACCAAUUUAAAACAAAUAGGCAUUUUCUACUUCAUUACACUAUCUCUGGCCAUGUCCUGUUUUUAGCUUAUGGUACUGCUACACUGCAAAUCCAUGCUAGAUUCUGAUAAUCAAUUUUAGAAUCAUGGCUUUUCCCAAAGAAUGUUGGAAAUUACAAUUUGCAAAAGGUGUGUACAAAUUAUUGUUCCAUGUUUCUAGAUUCUUUCAAAUUUCCAAGAUCCCUUAUGGGCUUUCUACCAGAUUCGGUCUGUGAUAUAGCCAUGCCCAUAAUUAACUUCCUUAUGGAAGUAGUUGCUACUGAUGCAAUUUCUGUUGACUAGCUUUUUCUCUACAUCGUAUGUAGGAAAAUUUAUAAAUAUCACUCUAUGUUAGCAAUUCUUCCCUAAAGACUUUAGCCUUAUUAAAUAUGUAAGGUGGCUAGUUAUUUUCAAGUAUUAGUUUCCUUUUCAAUUGCAAUAAAUACCUUUUCUUUAUCAACCUUGUCAAACCAUUGAAAGCCUAACUUUUUAAUAUCUGCUGUAUAAAGAUUUGUAUCAAGUCAUAUAGUUUAAGUAUUUGGAAUAAGAUGAGUAAGUUUUGCAAAACCAAAUACAGUAAUAAACUGGCCUUUACUGGCUGUUAGACUGAUUUAUUCUCAAGCCGUAUAUCAGCCUUCUCUAAGAUCAUGCCCUCCAGAUGUCUUAGGCCUGUAGCUCCUAGCUUCUGGGCACACUGCCUGAGAAUUUUUGAGUGUUGUGGUCUAAAUAUAUCCCAAAUACAUUGCAAUGGUCAAAGCUGAUGUGUAGAUUAUAAUCCUUAUAAAGUAUACAUUAAAGGAAAUAAUUACCCAAAUAUUUAAAUUUUAUAGGCUCCUAUAAAGUUUUCCUUUUGCUAUAGCAAUCCUGAGGCCCAAAGCAACCUAUAUUGAAAUAUCUGACACUGUUUUAAAAAAAAAUGCUACCUGAUCAAGAGGCAAUUUGGAACAUGUGUGUCAAUGGAAGGUUGGCAAUAUUUUAUUUUACACUUGGAGCUCAAGCUUUCAAAAUGCAUUUAAUAUCUUUUCCAAUUUGGUCAUGGUCAGUUUCUCAAUGACUAUAAAUCAGCUACCCUCCUGUAGAUGUCAAAAACAUUAAACUGCAUUUUCAUUAAAAAUGCUCAUGGGGAAAAUGCCUUUACGCAAUCAUUCUGCAAGGGAAAUGCUAUACUCCAGGAAGAAAGCUGAGAGAGAGAGAACUUGCCUUUCUUUGAACUGAAAAUAAAAAGUUUUCCCUGCAAAUGUCUGUCAGCAGACAAAAAAGGCUUUCUUUAUCAUUUCCUGAAUGUAUGAUUUAUUGCCUGAUGAUAGACAUUUAUUAUCAACUAAUCAAUUGUCCCAGGAUGCUCAACUAGGCACUGAAAUGUGAGCUUUAUAUUCAUUUCCUGCUAAGGUUCAAGUGAAUGAAAAUAUAUGUUACUGGUCACUUACAUUGUUUUAGACCCCCCCCCCCAGCAAUCUUACUUGUUAAGCAGAGCCCGAAUGUCCAUGUGUAACAAUGUAUAGGUUUACAGGCACUAAACUGAAUUUAAUGAACUAUAUUUUUAUUUUUUAAAACAUUUGGUUUUGCCGUUUCCUGAUUACAUAAUAUAAUGGGCUACUAAGAUCGUAUAUUUUGCUUGCUUGCUUAUUUAUUUGUUUGUUUGUUUCCUGCCUUUAUUAUUUUUACAAUAACUCAAGGUCAUGAACAUGGCCUAUGCAACUUCUUCCUUCUGUUUUCCCCAGAACAACAACCCUAUAAGAUGGGUUAGGCUGAGACAGAGUGACCAGCCCAAAGCCACCCAGCUGGCUUUGAGUUCACAAUCAUCUGCUUUCUAGUCUGAUACAGUACCUUAAUCACUAGACCAGACUGGCUCUUUUAUAUUGCUGAUUUUUCCAUGCUGAACAUUGUGUAAUAACUCAUUGCUUAAUGAUUUCUUCACUUAUGGAUAAACACGGACUGUGCUUAUAGAGCUACUGGGUUCCACGUGAGAUGGGAAGGCUGAGCUGUUUGCUGUGGGAUAGCCAGAUCCAACAGGAGGGGGGUUCAUCUGUGGAGGCACUUCUGGGUGUUCUCCUAGAGCAGACAGGCUAUCCUGGUUUUAGAAUUAUUUCCCCAGGGAAACUUUUCUGGCACCCAAAUAAGGUGAGGCCCUUUUUCUGCUCCUUAUUACCCUUGAUGUUGUUCUUGUAUUUUGAACCGCAGAAGUUGUGGGAUACCAAUCUCUAAGAAGAAAAAAGAACAAGGUUUCAUUUGAAAGAGCGGCCGCUUAAACACCAUCAAAAACCAAAAAAAAAAGGCUUAACAAGGGUUCUUUUUUUUUCUUUUACAACAAAAAUACAAACUUGGCUGUCCUACUUAAUUAUUCCUUUGGGAUAAACCAGUGUUUUUAAACUUGGCAACUUUAAGAUAUGUGAACUUCAACUCCCAGAAUUCCCCAGCCAGCAUGCCAUAAGACGGAUGGAUACAUGGAGAAUAUGGAUGAGAUACAUGGAGAAAGCAAAAUAGAAAACGCUUUUUCUAUUCCUGGCUUAUUAUCUGCCCACUGAUCCAUAGGUUUUCCCUAUGCUUUCGUCUAAUCCCCUUUUGCAUCCAUUUCAAAAUGUUGCAUUCAUUGCUUCCAGCAAUUGAAUGCCCCCUGAUAUCCCAUUCCCUAGCCAAUGCAUCCAGCCUUCGGUUUAAUCUUUCCUGGAUCCCGAAAGUGCUCUGUCAGCAUUAAUCCAAUACGCUUCUCUCUUUCCUUUACUUUUAAAUAACAAAGUGACAGUCAUACAUUGCCCAUAGCUGAGGUAUACUGAGACCUCUCUACAUCAGUACUUUGAUACUGAUUUUACAGAUUUGAAAGCAGAACUUUUCCCUAACUCCAAGGCCUGGCUUCCUUGUCUGUCAGCUCCUCAGCUUUUCAGCAUGCUCCCUGGGACACAGGAACAGUAGAUGGAGUAAGAGAUUGAAUAGCUCAGCCAGCCCAGCAGGCUCUAGAGUUUUGAUGACCUCCCACUUACCUUUAAGGGGCCAAAUCCUAGGUUAGUCUCACUCCACCAAAACAAAAACAUUCCCUCUUCUGGAACUAAGCCAUGGGAAAUUUUUGGCCCAAAUGUAGCAGGCAACUGGGAACCAUUUCUGUUGCUGUUACUGUUGUGCUAUGUAUAUAAAUAUUCAGAAUCAUAUUUUACUACUUUGGCUCAGCUAUAAUGUUCACUGCUACUCAGCAGUUUUGCUAUUAUCAAGAUGCUGAUGUGAGUAAACUCACAAAGCAACUGGCUCCUCUUAGUAGGUAAACCUUAACAAGAUUUGGAGUUGUCUUUUAAUAUACAGUCUCCAACUUUAGAAAAUUUACAGAAAACAUACCUAUCUCAGGGACUGGGCAAUCGUGCUUUGCAUUAGUAUUUGUUUUUAUUCUAUUUUUUGCUUGGUGCCUCUGAUAGCCAGUUCUUGGCCAGCUCCUGCUGGUUAUGAGAUGCUUAAUAUUUUUUUAACCAAGUCUAUAGUCAAUUGUGUUUAGAACCACAAAUUUGCUUCUUCUCCAAAGGGCUCAUACUCCCCACCCACCCCUACAGUAUCAGAUUGCUUGAUGCUGGGUUGAUAUUAGCCAGGCAUGGCGAAGGCACUCAGAGGAAGCAUAAUUGGGCAGCAGGGAGCAAAUCUGGAAGGCUAUUUUGAGGGGGGGGAGGUAAAAUCAAGGCAAUUCAAUGGCUACAUGGGAAAGUUGUCUUGUAAGCAACAGUUGAAAAUCAAACUCUUUUGCAUGAAAAAAAAUGGGGUGCGGUAAAACACACUCCUUUGCAUCAAAUGGCAUGGGCUUGAUCUAUACAUUAGGAAAAAGCUACUGCCUUAGUGGCUUGUAGCAAUACACAAAUAGUGUAAUUCAACUUUUCCUUUGCCAUACUAGCUGAGGAUGGUCGACAUCACAGUCUGUAUGUUUAUUUAUUUAUUAAACAUAUUUGCUGCCCAUCUCAUUUCAAAUUACUGUGGGCAGAUUACAGUAUAUUAAACAUUAAAAAACAUUAAUAUCAUCAAUAUAUGAUGAAAAACAGACAAAAUGUUUGAAGGACAUCGAGUUGAAAAAAGUUGCAGUAGUUUCUUCUCCUUUCUGCCUUCUUUAACCUUUGCUCUUUUAACAUAGUUUAUCCUCUUACAUUUUUAAGGCUUCAGUUUGAAUGUUAGGGCCACACAGAGCUUUGGUUCAAUUCCAUAAAAGUAUUUUGUGAGCAUAAAAGGUAUGAACAGCUGUUCUCUGUAGCUCUUCUCCAAUGGCAGCUGUGGAAAGCAGCUGCACAAUCCCAGACAAAACACAACUGCUUUAAAGAGUUGUAGAUAUGUGCUACUUUUGGCACAAGAUGCUUUCCAAAGCAUCCUUUUUUCAUCAAAUCCAAAGCACUGCACAGCCCUAUCAGAUACUGUGAUUUGGAUCCUGACAUCUUUACAUGGCAAGCAUUACAGAGAAGACACAUUACUGCAUGUUGGCCAUACACAAUAAAUUGUAUACUGUGUUUACAAUGCAAAUUAGUGUCUUGUGUCAGUGAUGAUUGUUAUGAGAAAAGUAGCAGCAGCUGAAACAAAAAACCAACAUUCAUUUUAUUAUUUAUGUUUUUAACUUGAGUGUAUGACAUAAGCAGCCUAAGAAAGCAAUUGUGGAAGGAAGUUGAAAGAGGUCAGGCGGCCGAGCUGCUGUUCAAGAAUGCAGAUUUCUUUGUGGAGGUAAUUAAGCUUCUAGUAGAGGCCAAUGCAUUUAUAUGCUCAGUGGAGUUGCAUAUAUUUAUAGUUUUAGCUUCUCAUUCAUCCAUGCCACUAUGCCAAUCUUCAGUUUUUGACAAAGUCUGAUAAAUAU